AUGCCCGAUAGCGCCAGUCUAUAUGAUAUAUUAGGGCUGGAUCCCACCGCUACUCCAGAGCAAAUACGGAAAGCGUACAGGCUCAAGGCUUUGGAGACACAUCCAGACAAAUUAGACCCAAAAUCAUCCGAAAAACUCAAGCAAGCAUCCGAGAAGAAGUUUCACCAGGUGUGCGAAGCUUUUGAGGUUCUCAAUGAUCCAGGCAGGAGAAAGGCAUAUGAUUCGCAAGUUUCACAACCCCACACGACAUCGGCUCCAGCUCAUCCAGACGAGGUCGAGAGAUUGACGAAAGACAGGGCAGAGUGGGCUCGUCAGCAACAAGCUCGGUAUCAGUCCAAUAACCAAACACACAAAGCGCGAAUUGCGAACGAGCAGAAAUCGCCUUUUCUUCACCCUUCUCAAGCUCGACCGCUUCCGAUAAUCCCAAGGAUAUCAGAAGAAGAAGCUAAUGCUAGAAUAGUCGAAAGCAUGAUGCAAGGAUUAAGGCAGCUGGAUCCGGAGUGGGAGAGGAGACGGUUGAGCGUACUUAAGCGCAGAGCUGAGAGGUUGACUUCAAAUCCUCGGUCGAACACUGUUCGUUCAUAA